AUGGGUUUCAAUGUUAAAACUAAUAGCUAUAGCUAUGGAAAUGCAGGGUUGGAUCCUCAAUUUGCAGCUGAGAAAGCUGUCAGUGUUAUUGGUCAAGGAUAUGAUCUAUGCAACGAUAUCAAAUUCUCUGCUUGCAAGUCAAAGAGGUUGAUCCAAAUUCCAAAUAGUAGUUCACAUACCAGAGACCUUGUGUUUCCUUCUGGUGUUGUUGUCCCUAACGUUCCUUUGUCUAUCAAGUCUGAUAAAGGUGAUUGCACCAGGUUUCGUUCUGAUGUUCUUACUUUCAAUCAGAUGUCUGAGCAUUUCAACAGACAACUAUCUUUGUCCGGAAAGAUUCCGUCCGGCCAAUUCAACAAAAUGCUUGACAUGAGAAAAUGUUGGUCUAGGGAUGCGGCGUCAACUAAAAGCAUUGCGUUUGAUGGAUGGUUUAUAACGUUGUAUACCGUUGAAUUAGAUAGAACCAACAUUUCCCUUUCUGAAAACGUGAAAAAAGAAGUGCCUUCUUCGUGGAAUCCGGCUGCUCUUGCUGAGUUCAUUGAAAACUAUGGUACUCAUGUGGUUGUUGGGGUAAAGAUGGGAGGCAAAGAUGUGGUUCAUAUCAAGCAGUCAAAAAAUUCAGAUGUUCAGCCGACGGAACUGCAGAAAUUGCUUAAGCAAUUAGCCGAUGAGAGAUUUUCUGCAGAUUCAAAUCAAAGUUCUAAUGUUAAUUUUGCGGCAAUAUCAGGACAACCAAGGGAUGAUCAUGCGAAGCUGAGGGGACAGAACAGGCACAAACCUCCAUUGCUUGUUGGCAGGCCAGUUGUAAAAAGUCACUCCAAGAAUGACGAUAUAGUAAGCAUUUCAGUUCGAAGAGGAGGUAUUGAUUUAGGUCAACCUUAUAACAAAUGGCUCUCAACCAUAUCACAAUCUCCUAAUGUCAUAUCAAUGUCUUUGGUGCCUAUUACUUCACUACUGAAUUCUGUUCCAGGAAAUGGAUUUUUAAGUCACGCGGUGAAUUUGUAUCUUAGAUAUAAACCUCCAAUAGAAGAACUUCAUCAAUUUCUAGAGUUUCAGUUGCCACGACAAUGGGCGCCAAUGUAUGGUGAUCUGCCUCUUGUAUUCGAUCAUAAAUAUAAACGGAAUGCAUCUCCAUCACUUCAGUUCACUCUCAUGGGACCCAAACUUUAUGUUAAUACUGUGAAGGUUGAGUCUGGAAACCGGCCUGUAACAGGUAUUCGAUUAUACUUAGAAGGAAAGAAAAAUGACCACCUAUCAAUCCAUCUCCAGCAUCUUUCAGAGGUUCCAGGUGUCCUUGAAAUUUCAGAAGAUCACAGUUAUGAUCCUAUCGACGAACCUGACGACAAAGGCUACUACGAACCAGUGAAGUGGAGCAUGUUUUCUCAUGUCUACACAGCACCUGUACAACACAACAGCUCAAGAAUGGAUGAGUCCACAGCUAUUGUGACAAAGGCUUGGUUUGAGGUUAAGUUAAUGGGAAUGAAGAAAGUUCUUUUCUUAAGGCUUGGAUUCUCAAACGUCGCUACUGCGAAAAUUCGCAGGUCAGAAUGGGACGGUCCUUCAACCUCAUCUAGAAAGUCAGGAUUUUUCUCAGCAUUGAUGAGUUCAAAGCUUAGCAAAGAGUUGCAGUCACCUGAGAAACAAACUAAAGUUGACAUAAACUCGGCAAUUUAUAAUGAGGGUCCACCUGUGCCUACAAGGGCUCGCAAGAUGCUUAGCUUUGUUGACACAAAGGAAAAGGUAAGGGGUCCAGAGGAUCCACCUGGAUAUUGGGUUGUCACUGGUGCAAAGCUGUGUGUAGAAGAUGGCAGAAUCUCAAUCAAGGCAAAAUAUUCAUUGUUGACUAUAUUGUCAGAAGAAUCCAUAAUGUAG